GCUGUUCAAUUAACCCCUAGACGAUGGCUGAACCUGCAGGAGUACCAAAGCAAAAAAAUAAUGGCAGACCAUGGGGUUACAGUUCAGAGAUUCUUUGUAGCUGAUUCUGCAAAUGAUGCCCUGGAGGCUGCUCAGAGACUAAAGGCAAAGGAAAUUGUUCUGAAGGCACAGAUUCUGGCUGGAGGGAGAGGAAAAGGUAUUUUCGAUAGUGGAUUGAAAGGAGGAGUUCAUCUAACUAAAGACCCUAAGAUUGUUGAACAGCUUGCUAAACAGAUGAUUGGGUACAAUCUGUCAACAAAGCAAACUCCAAAGGCUGGUGUGACAGUUAAAAAGGUGAUGGUUGCAGAAGCAUUGAAUAUUUCCAGGGAAACAUACUUCGCAAUUUUGAUGGACAGAGCCUGCAACGGACCUGUUAUGGUUGGCAGUCCACAGGGUGGUGUUGACAUAGAAGAAGUUGCAGUUACUAGCCCAGAACUUAUCUUUAAGGAGGAAAUAGAUAUUUUUGAAGGUAUAAAGGAUCAUCAGGCAUUGCAGAUGGCAAAAAAUUUGGGAUUCAAAGGACCUUUGCAACAGCAGGCAGCAGAUCAAAUUAAGAAGCUGUAUAAUCUUUUCUUGAAAAUUGAUGCCACUCAGGUUGAAGUGAAUCCCUUUGGUGAAACUCCAGAAGGGCAAGUUGUUUGUUUUGAUGCCAAGAUAAACUUUGAUGACAAUGCAGAAUUUAGGCAAAAAGAAAUAUUUGCCAUGGAUGACAAGUCUGAAAAUGAGCCUAUAGAGAACGAAGCUGCCAAAUAUGAUUUAAAAUAUAUAGGACUGGAUGGAAAUAUUGCUUGCUUUGUCAAUGGAGCUGGGCUUGCAAUGGCAACAUGUGAUAUAAUAUCCUUGAACGGUGGAAAGCCAGCCAACUUCUUGGAUCUCGGUGGAGGUGUGAAAGAAGCACAAGUAUAUCAAGCAUUCAAGCUGCUGACUGCUGAUCCAAAGGUUGAAGCAAUACUUGUAAACAUUUUUGGUGGGAUCGUGAACUGUGCCAUUAUAGCCAAUGGUAUUACCAAAGCUUGCCGAGAGCUUGAGCUGAAAGUACCGCUGGUGGUCAGACUGGAAGGAACAAAUGUUCAUGAAGCCCAGCGUAUUCUGAAUGAAAGUGGACUCCCCAUCACAUCUGCAAAUGACCUUGAGGAUGCAGCAAAGAAGGCAGUGGCCAGCGUGGCCAAAAAAUAACAACUUGAAGAUUAUUCUCAUGGAAAGUGUGUGUGUUUCACAAGAUGUCAUUCCUGUUGUUAUUUCAGAGAGGACUAGUGGAGUUUUUCUAAGCAGUCAUCAGUGUUGGUGGAUUUAAUCUGUAAUAUAUGGCAAACUCAGGCCAUAGGCUUGCAGGAUAGGCUUCAGAAAUUUUGCAGCUACGUUCGUGAAAAGUUUGUAUGUCUUCAUCUAAUUUUGGUAAUUUUGUUGUUCAGAAUUGUAAUAAGUAAUACGUAUUAUUUUUUUCUGCUUUCCUUCCAAAAUUAUCACUGAUAAACUCAUGAUAAGAUACAAUAA